AUGCCUGGCGGAAAAGGAAAGUCUAUUGGCGGAAAGGCCGGCUCCAAGGAUGCGGCGGGGAAAACUCAGAAGUCCCACAGCGCAAAGGCUGGUCUGCAGUUCCCCUGCGGUCGUGUCAAACGAUUCUUAAAGAACAACACUCAGAACAAGAUGCGCGUCGGUGCUAAAGCCGCCGUCUAUGUCACUGCAGUUCUCGAGUAUCUGACCGCUGAGGUUCUUGAGCUUGCCGGCAACGCCGCCAAGGAUCUCAAGGUCAAGCGUAUUACACCUCGCCACUUGCAGCUCGCCAUCCGUGGAGACGAAGAACUCGAUACCCUCAUUCGCGCCACCAUUGCCUUUGGCGGUGUGUUACCCCGCAUUAACCGCGCCCUGCUGCUCAAGGUCGAACAGAAGAAGAAGAACAAGAUCGAGGGUUAG